UGCGACGUCAGACUGAGGGAUUCUGGGAGGGGGCAGGCACAGUGGGGGUUGCUGCUGCAUUGCAGCCUUCAUUUGGAAUCUAAUAUAUUAACAAUGGCGACUUCCAAUCCCAGUAACAGUGGUAGCAGCGGCAGCAGUGCGGGCCCCGGGAUCCCAGGACAGCCCCAGCAGCACAGCACAGUGAGCAGCAUGCAGGGCCUACAGAUAAACUUCUGUGAAAGUGCACAAAAAGUUAAUGAACAAGAAAAAAAGACAAGAAAUAUACAAAAAAACUGCAUUGAAACAAACCUUAGUGGUAAACGUAAAGCACUGAAGUUGAAUUUUGCCAAUCCGGCCUUCAAAUCCACAGCAAAAUUCACACUGAACCCCACUAUUCAACCUGCACACCUGAUGCAGAAAACGGACCCAAUUAGGAACCUCGAGACAUCGUACCAAAAACAGGAAGUGCGGUUGCCUUGUGCAAAGACGUACAGCUCCAAUGAGCAAGCUACAAAAAACAGACUAGAGCGAUUACGAACACACAGCAUUGAAUCAUCAGGGAAAUUAAAGCUUUCUCCAGAACAGCACUGGGACUUCACAGCCGAGGACCUAAAGGAUCUUGGCGAAAUUGGGAGAGGCGCGUAUGGCUCUGUCAAUAAAAUGAUUCAUAAUCCAAGUGGGCAAAUCAUGGCUGUCAAGAGGAUUCGCUCCACAGUGGAUGAGAAGGAACAGAAACAGCUCCUAAUGGAUCUUGAUGUAGUGAUGAGGAGCAGCGACUGCCCAUAUAUUGUUCAGUUUUAUGGGGCACUAUUCAGAGAGGGUGACUGCUGGAUCUGCAUGGAGCUCAUGGCUACCUCAUUUGACAAAUUUUACAAAUAUGUAUAUAGUUCAUUAGACGAUGUUAUUCCAGAGGAGAUUUUAGGCAAAAUAACUUUAGCUACUGUGAAAGCAUUGAACCACUUAAAAGAAAACUUGAAAAUAAUUCACAGAGACAUCAAACCUUCAAAUAUCCUUCUGGACAGAAAUGGAAAUAUUAAACUAUGUGACUUUGGAAUUAGCGGACAGCUUGUGGACUCCAUUGCCAAGACCAGAGAUGCGGGGUGCCGGCCCUACAUGGCGCCGGAAAGAAUAGACCCCAGUGCAUCCAGACAAGGAUAUGAUGUGCGGUCAGACGUGUGGAGCCUUGGAAUCACAUUGUAUGAGCUGGCUACUGGGAGGUUUCCAUAUCCAAAGUGGAACAGCGUGUUCGACCAGUUGACGCAGGUAGUGAAAGGAGACCCUCCCCAACUGAGCAACUCUGAAGAACGAGAGUUCUCCCCAAGUUUCAUCAACUUUGUUAACCUGUGCCUUACAAAGGACGAGUCUAAGAGGCCAAAGUACAGAGAGCUUCUGAAACAUUCUUUCAUCAUGAUGUAUGAAGAGCGACCUGUUGAUGUUGCUGCAUAUGUCAUCAAAAUCUUGGAUCAAAUGCCAGCCUCCCCCAGCUCCCCAAUGUAUGUUGAUUGACCCUGCUGCCAUCCAAGACUCUAGCAAACAACAUCAAAAAACGAAAGAGCUGGGAGUGAACUAAAUGUGGAGAGAUGCCAUCACACGAUCGCUCGUGACAUUUUCCUCUCUUGCUCCGGCGCCACGUGCAAUAAGAUCAGUGUUUGUUUCCUAUCUUUCCAUUGUGUCUGUAUGCUAAAGUAACAUGUAAAAUGCAUCCCUGUAAGUGGCUGGUCACACAACGCUCAUCUGGUGGACAGAAGAGCAUCUGGUUCUGCUGUGACCUGCUCAAUGGAACUCGAUAAGACUGGAAAACGUAUCUCCGCUGCAACCUCUUGCAUCUGCCCACUGAAACAAACUAAAACUAGACGCUGAACCGAUCACCCUAGAGGUUCAGCCUUUUAAUAAGGAGGAGAGAUUGAGAAAUCCGGUGUCAUCGUACAACAUUUCCUGCUACUCUCCCAGAGGCGGGACAAGGCAAAGAAUAUGAAUUAUAUAAAUAUAUAUAUAUUUUUUAUUAUUUUUAAAUAAAAAAAACAAAAAAAUUUUCUUCACAAAGUGCAAUAGGUUAACCGAUUCUCCGCCAGGUGGUCCUGUGACUGAUCAGGUUCUGGAUAUUCUUUAUUUUUUGGCCCCUCUGGCAGAGAAUGGGGUUAAUGAAAUUUAAAUCCUGUUCUGCUAUAGUUAUUUUAUGUUCUUGAGUGUCGGUUGAAUUUAUUUUUCCCUUUUUAAUUUUUUUUUUUUUUUUUUUAAAGAAUCAUAAAUAUAGUAAAUGUCUCUACCAAAAAACAAAAAAAAAAUCAAAUUAUGUUGCAUUGAAGAAAUCUAACAUUAAAUAUUAAGAGAUGGAGUAUAA